AUGAGGCAGUUUGCCUCCAUUAAGAAUCUGAAGGAUAAUUUUGGAUUUAUUGAAACAGGCAAUCAUGAUAAGGAACUCUUUCCCCAUUGCAGUGGGUUCUCUGGUGAUGUUGAUGGCUUGGAAUUGGGAGACACGGUCAAGUACAGCUUGUCCAAAGGCAAAGGCAACAAAGUCAGUGCAGAGAAAGUGACUAAAAGACACGCAGUGAAUGGUGUUUCUGAAGAAGCUCAUCCCACGAUCUACUCUGGUCAAGUCCUUCGUCCCCUAAGGAGUGUUGAGCCAACACAGACCGAGUACCAAGGAAUGAUGGAGAUUGUGGAAGAAGGGGAGAUGAAAGGUGAGGCGUGUCCAUUUGGCACAGUUGGGUUGGUCAACAAAGGGGAUUGCCUGCAGGAAGCAGAGAGUGUCAAGUUCCAGUUGUGUGUUCUGGGUCAGAAGGCCACUCUGGCCUACAACAUGAAACCCCUGUGUAGGGCCCCAGUGGCGUGUGUGAAAGGUCAGGUUGGCUUCAUUAACUAUGACGUAGGAGACAGCAAGAAGCUCUUUUUCCACGUGAAGGAAGUUCAGGAUGGCAUUGAGCUGCAGGCAGGAGAUGAAGUGGAGUUCUCGGUGAUCCUUAAUCAGUGCACUGGCAAAUGCAGUGCCUGCAAUGUGUGGUGUGUCUGCGAAGGUCCCAAAGCUGUUUCCGCUCCAAGGCCUGGUUGGUUGGUCAGUCGGUUGAAGAGCAUCACCCUGGAUGAUGCCAGUGUUCCUCGCCUCAUGGUUCGCUGUCAGCCAAGGGGAGCAGAUAACUCAAUGGGAUGUGGUGCCGAAAGAAAGAUCCAUCAAGCUGGUGUCAUUGACUCCCCCAUCCACAAAGCACCUCAUAAAUGCACUGUGAUCAAGUUGCGGGGGUUUUGGUGA